UAUCCGGUUGCAAUUGACAGACAGCUGCAGCCGGAGUACUAAAAGUGGCGUCUUCCCACGAGACCUCAUCUGAGCAACUGCGCACGCAGCGCAUGCACAUAGACUGUAGUAAACGCGGAUAGUUUGGGCGAAAAGAUGACCGCACUUGCUGUGGACUUGUCGUGUUAGAACUUCGUCUGCUACCGCAGUCGUGAGACUGUAGUAUGGACCAGCUAUGUUGUCCAGAAAAGGGCUCAUUCCCGAGGAUUAUGUGUUGACUCGCUUGGCGGAGGAUGUGUUACAGCCCAAAUAUAAAACGAAACAUCGUAAAGCGCGAUUUGUCGCCAAGAACGGAACAUGCAACGUUGCGCACACGAAUAUUCGCGAACAAGGACGCUUUCUACAAGACGUUUUCACCACCCUUGUAGAUCUAAAAUGGCUUCACACUCUUCUGAUAUUCACUAUGUCCUUCCUGUGCAGCUGGCUUUUGUUUGGCAUGAUCUGGUGGCUCAUCGCCUUCGCGCACGGAGACCUGGACGUGAAAGAUGACGACUUUGUGCCGUGCGUAACGGACAUCCACUCGUUCUCCUCCGCUUUUCUGUUCUCCAUCGAAGUCCAGGUGACCAUCGGCUUUGGAGGACGGAUGAUCACGGAGGAGUGCGUACCAGCCAUCAUUAUAUUAAUCAUUCAGAACAUAGUAGGUUUGGUGAUCAAUGCCAUCAUGUUAGGAUGCAUCUUCAUGAAAACGGCGCAAGCAAACCGGCGAGCAGAAACGCUGAUCUUCAGCAAACAUGCGGUUAUAACGGUCCGAAACAACAAGCUGUGCUUCAUGUUUCGCCUCGGAGACUUGAGGAAGAGUAUGAUCAUCAGUGCGACCGUCCACGUGCAGGUGGUGAGGAAAACCGUCACCAACGAAGGCGAACUGGUGCCACUGGACCAGAUAGACAUCCAAAUGGACAACCCGUUGGGCACCAACAGCAUCUUCCUGGUCUCUCCUCUCAUUAUCAGUCAUGUUAUUGAUAAAAACAGCCCUCUGUAUGAUCUUUCUGCGGCUGAUCUGCUCCAUGAAGACAUUGAGGUGAUCGUCAUACUGGAGGGGGUGGUGGAGACCACCGGUAUCACCACACAAGCGCGGACCUCUUACCUGUCCGAGGAGAUCUUGUGGGGGCAGAGGUUCGUGCCCACUGUGUCUGUAGAAGAUGGGAUGUAUGCUGUGGACUAUUCCAAGUUUGGAAACACGAUUAAAGUGCCCACGCCGAGCUGCAGUGCGCGGACAUUGGAUGAGGAGGGCGGGUUGGAGAGGUUUAAAGUGCAGGAGUUCACCAGCUGCGGCGGCGCAUCAGUGAGAAGACGAAUCAAAAACACCAAAGAAGAGUGAAUUGACUCUUUUAAGGGAAUUUUCUGGGUUCAAUACAAGUUCAACUCAAUCGACAGCAUUUGUGGUAUAAUGUUGAUUUCCACAAAAGAUCAUUUCGACUCGUCCCUCGUUUAUUAACAGCAAAAAUGGAGGUUAUAGUGAAGCACUUACAAUGGAAGUGAAUGGGGGCCAAUUUUGGAGGGUUUAAACAGAGAAAUGUGAAGCUUAUAAUUUAAUAAAAUCACUUACAUUAAUUCUUCUGUUAAAAAUCAUGUAUUAUUUGAGCUGUAAAGUUGAUUAAAUCAUAACUGUUACGGUCGUUUUAGGGUUUGUUGACAUUAUAUGGUCAUGGCGUUUACGGACUGGCCUCAUCCACUUCCGUUGUAAGUGCCUCACUGGAACCAAGGAGGGACAAUUAAAAAAGAAAUUUUUGUGGUAAUCAAUAUUAUGCCACAAAUGCUGUCGAUAGAGCUUAGAGGAAUAGUUCACAAAAAAAAUAAAAAAUAAAAUAAAAUUCUGUCGUAAUUUUCUCACCCUCAUGCCAUCCCUAAUAUGACUUUCUUUCUUCUGCAGAACACAAACAAAGAUUUUUAGAAGAAUAUCUCAGCUCUGUUGGUCUAAGUGAAUGGGCACCAAAAUGUUCAAGCACCAGAAAGCACAUAAAGUCAUCAUAAGGGAUUUAAUGUGAGUGAGAAACAGAUCAAUAUUUAAGUCCUUUUUUUUAACUAUAAAUUCUCCUUCCUACCCAGUAGGUGGCGAUAUGCAUGAAGAAUGUGAAUCGCCAAAAACAACAGAAGAAUGUGAAAGUGAAAGUGAAGAUUUAGCGUAAAAAAGGACUUAAGUAUAAUUGAUGUUUCUCACCCAUACCUAUUAUAUCGCUUCUGAAGGUAUGGCUUAAACCACUGGAGUCAUAUGGAUUAAUUUUAUGCUGCCUUUAUGUGCUUUUAUUGUAUGGACCUACAGAGCUGAAAUAUUCUUCUAAAAAUCUCUGUGUUCUGCAGAAGAAAGAAAUUCAUACACAUCUGAGAUGGCAUGAGGGUGAGAAAAUGAUGACAGAAUUUUCAUUUUGGGGUAUUUCUUUAACUUGUAUUGAACCCUGAAUAUUCCUUUAAAGAAAAGGAGGGACGAGUCGAAAUUACAAUUUGUGGUAAUCAACAUUAUUAAUUGCAUUCAUUGUCAAUUGAGCUUAACUUGUAUUGAACCAGUAAUAUUCUUUUAAUGUAUUUGUUUAUGCUCAAAUAGCUCACAGCUGUUUGUAUGUGCAUUAAAAUAAACUUUAGGGUUGGAAUUUUCAGGUAGCGACGAUAUUCACGAAAGUUUAGAUUUUUGUUUGUAUAAAGAUCUCUUAAGGCGAUAUAUGCACGUUUGAAAAACGCUCUCAGGGUAUUGAGUGAUAAAUAUGCACAUUGUUUGAGAAAAUGCAUGACGUUUAAUAAAUGCCCCUGAUUUAUGCUUUCUUUGUUAUAUAAAUAAAUC